UUGAGGCGCCAGCGCUCAAGGGACUGGAAAGAAAAGCAGUGAGCAUGGCAGGUGGAGGGGAGGGAGAGAGCAGUGGGGACGAGCUGGGGCUGGCCGGUGCCCUGGAAGCUCAGCACGCGAGGGAAGCGCUCCAGGUGCCAGCAGCAAGCAACUCCUCCAAUGCGGACAAGCGCUGCGACCCCAGGGGGAGAUGCCUGGCGCCUGGACAGGACCUUGGGGUGGAGGGGGUGGGUGAGCAGCGGAAAGCCUGGCAGGGGACAGUUCACCAGAGAAGAGCGUGAGAGGAGAGGCGGGAAAGGCAGGGAUGAGGCUUCUCAGGAAUUCCACCCCCAGGAGACCCGGGUCCGAGGGGAGGAGGAGAGGCGGCCAGAGGACCCAAGCUUCUCAGGAGCAGGAACGAGGGCGGCGGAAACAGAAGACAGCGCCGUGGAGGAGGGAGACCACGAGGCGGAAGAAAGCGUGGGCAGAGCAAGCGACCCCGCAGGCGCGGGGCGUGAAACAGCACCCACGUGCUUCCGUCACAACAGGGGGAUGCUGCCACAGCGGGGGCAGGAAACACGCGACGAGGCCACUGGGCCCGAGCCCGAGGUCGCCCGGGCCCCCUCUCUCUGCAGAGGAUGCCCUGCCGUCUUCCUGCUCCAGGCAUCCUCUCCGGCCAAAGGCCGUCCCUGGGCUGUCGCAGGGAACCCGGCCGGCCCUGCCUCACCCUCCGCGGAAGCCGGGACCCACGCGUUAGUGAUCGCGCGACAGCAUCGCUGUCUUUCUCUGCAGCACCUACGGGACCUACGCCAGGAAGCCGGCCCCUCCUCACCAGUCAGACCCAGCAAGGUGUUGCCUCCGGCCUACUCAUGCCAACUCAAUGCUCGCCGUCUCUUCAUGCUCGUUGUCCACCGUUCCCACCGGGGCCUCUAA